AAUUAAAUGAUGGGCAAAUGAGUGGCAUCGUUUCUAGUUUAAGUCGCGUGCUACCCAAAAUAGCACCGGUUGUACGGCUUGUAUGCGCAUUGCUUGUCCACAAAGCCCCCCUCCCCCCUGUGCUGACAGCUGUCUGGCAUCCUGAGGGUUAGCGCAGAGUUCCCGGCAUUCCUAGUUUAGCUGCAAACCACAACAACCGAGGAGACCGCCAUGAUUGCAGGACAACCAGUUUAGCGGGAGCCUGGUCAGUCCAGCUCGGGAGUUUGCUUUCGUCCGACAGUCUUUCACCAGCGCUGAAAUACUUCGACAUGAAGAAAGCAGACUACUUGUUUUCUGUGCCACCAUUGAAGCAGAGGAGUUUAAUCUGAUAGAAGAUAUGUAAAGUAAAACAGAGAUGAGGCCGACCUGUUCCAACAUGACGAAGUUGUUACUUAUUAUCCUAUGGGGACUUCUUCACGACACGUUAGGACAACAGAGUCAACAGUUUCCAGUUGUGACACUCCGAAAUGGUAAAAUACGGGGCAAGACAGUACCCGUUCUGAAUGGACUCGUGAACGCGUAUUUGGGAAUCCCCUACGCAGAGUCUCCUACAAGAGACCGAAGGUUCAAACCACCGGUUCCGAAAACCCCAUGGAAGGGCACCUACAACGCAAGGGACUAUGGGAACGCUUGUAUGCAAAUCGACGAUGACACCUACCCAGGAUUCCGCGGGUCAGACAUGUGGAAUGCAAACGUACCUAAAUCGGAGGAUUGUUUAUACCUUAACGUUUGGGUGCCGUCAUCAGCACCCAAGGAGGCUACGGUGAUGGUUUGGAUCUAUGGCGGCGGAUUUUACAGCGGCGUGUCGUCCUUGAGAGAAUACGAAGGUCAUACGUUGGCCUACACAGGUAGAGUUAUAGUCGUGUCAAUGAACUACAGAGUUGGAGCUUUGGGAUUCUUAGCUCUGGACAUUGACGACGCGCCAGGCAACAUGGGAUUGUUGGACCAGAACCUGGCCUUGAGAUGGGUUCAGGAAAACAUCGGACAGUUUGGUGGGAAUCCAGCCAGUGUGACGAUAUUUGGCGAGAGUGCAGGUGCAGCCAGUGUAGGCUAUCAUCUAUUGUCACCUCUCAGCAGACACCUCUUCAAAAGAGGCAUCAUGCAGAGCGCGUCCCCUAACGCAGAGUGGGCGUCUCAAAGCUACGAAGUAUCCAAGAGACGAGGCCGCCUGUUGGCAGAUGCAGUUGGGUGUCCAUCCGACAGGGGGAGCCAGGUGAUGGUGGACUGUUUGAAGAAAAUCCCAGCCGAGGAAAUCAUCUAUAAAGAGUGGGUGGAAGUCGGGAUGUUUUUGUUUCCUUUCAAUCCGGUUGUUGAUGGCUAUUUCGUGCCAGAACAUCCAAACGACUUGCUGAGAAAGCAGACUUUUAAGAAAACCGAAGUUUUGAUUGGAUUUAACAAGGAUGAAGGCAGCUGGUUUCUCGUUUACCUCAUUCCCGGGAUGGACAAGGACCAGGAGUCUUUGCUCUCGCGUGAGCAGUAUCUGCAAGGGGUAAAAAUGUGUCGAACGCACAGGAACGCCUUUGGACUCCAAGCGGUUGCCUUCCAACACACUAACUGGAAGGACCCAAACGACGGCAAACACAACCGUGACAUUCUGGACGACAUUGUCGGGGAUUACCAUCUGAUAUGCCCGGUCAUCGACUUUGCCAGUUCGUAUGCCACAUCUGGUACGUACCUCGGGAAACACGAAAUCAAUCGUUUGCAAAAAUUGGAAAAAGAAAUAUUUCCCACAGGUCAUGAGGGAAGAAUGGGUACGUAUCUCUACCUCUUCUCCCACAACCUGUCCAAUAACAACUGGCCUGAUUGGAUGGGCGUGAUGCACGGGUACGAGAUCGAGGUGACCUUUGGCCUGCCGAUCUCGCGCACGCAGGAGUACACGCCGGAGGAGGACGCUCUCGCGAGAAGGGUCGUGAAGUACUGGACCAACUUCGCGAAAACAGGCGAUCCGAACCAGGAGCCCUCGGACCCGGCCCAUCGCAUGGACACCUCCAGCGUGGCCACCUGGCCCCGGUACGACCUGAUGGGCAUGCGGUACCUGGACAUCGCUCUGAACGGGUCCUUCCCGCGGGUCGGCCCCAGGACCAAGUCAUGUGCCUUCUGGCAGAAGUACUUACCCCGAUUGGAAAGAAACGCAGCUAACAUCACAGAAGAAGAGCGGCAGUGGAAGGAGAAUUUCUACUCCUGGCGAGGAGAAUACAUGCCGGACUAUAGAUCUGCCUUCAAGGCAUUUGUCGAGCGUAUGGACAAAGAGAAGGAACGAUGUGGAACAUCCGAUGACCUCGAGUAGUAUAAGAUGUAUAAAACACACUUUUGACGUCGUUGACCGUAUAUAUUGUAUAUACUAUAUCAUUUCCGUAUCCUAAUUGAUAGACUAAAGAAAUUGCAUUAAAUCAAACAAGGCAUAUAUUGCAAAAUACAAUAUUUACACCAACUUUCUUUGAUUACUUCUAUAAUCUUCUACUAUUAGUUUAAGAGUAAGAGCAUUGUGUUUGGUGAAAGUAGAAUCAAACUUAAGAUACAAAAAAUGUUCGUUUUCUAUUAUUUUAUGUCUUCAACAUGAAUUAUGUUGCAGGCACGGUAUAGACCAAGAAUAUGAUAGAUAGAAACAAAAACAUAUAUUUCAGGGAAGCAUGUAGAUUUAUUGUUGUGUGCGUUUCACUUGUUUUUUAAUGGAUCAACUAUUAGUGUGGAGAUGGUCUCGAGAUUGUAUUUUCAAAGAAAAAAAGCACAGUCAAUGAAUUAAAAAAUGUUACUUGAUCAUA